AUGAGCGAAGCGGAAGCCAGAGCGAUCGAUGAUGAUGCCGAGCAUGAGGAGCAGAUCCAGUACGGCUCUGAGGAAGCCCGAAAGGAGCUUGACGAAAAAUAUCCCAACAGGCCGCAUAACUUUGCCAAAACACUGCUCUUUUCAGACUUGUACCGGAACCUCUUUAACCCGCUCAAUGAGAACAAGCGGCAGCCCACUGGCGGCGUCGCGCGCAAAAAGGGCCCCCGCGGGCAGACGCAGCUCUCGCCGCAGGAGCAGCGCCGCCACAUCAUCGACCGCUUCAUCACGCGCUGGCGCAAGGAGGUCGGCCCAGACUUUUACCCUGCGCUGCGCCUUAUCCUGCCCGACAAGGACCGCGACCGGGGCGUCUACGGCUUGAAGGAGAAUGCCAUAGGAAAGCUUCUCGUCAAGCUGAUGAAGAUUGACAAAAACUCCGAGGACGGCUACAACCUGCUGCACUGGAAGCUGCCGGGCCAGACCACGGCGGCGCGGCUCGCGGGCGACUUUGCCGGGCGCUGCUACGAGGCCAUCUCGAAGCGCCCGAUGCGCACCGAGCCCGGCACCAUGACCAUUGCCGAGGUGAAUGAGCAGCUGGACAAGCUGGCCGCGUCGGCCGGCGAGAGCGAGAAUGUGCGCGUCUUUGAAACGUUUUACAACCGCAUGAAUGCAGAGGAGUUGCUGUGGCUUAUCCGCAUCGUCCUGCGACAGAUGAAGGUCGGCGCGACGGAAAAGACGCUGCUGUACCUGUGGCACCCUGACGGGGAGUCACUGUUUAGCGUGUCGUCGAGCCUGCGCCGCGUGUGCUGGGAGCUAUACGACCCGGCGGUGCGGCUCGAGUCGGAGGGCGCGAGCCUCACGCUGAUGCAGUGCUUCCAGCCGCAGCUGGCGCAGUUUCAGACGCCAGCGUCGUUCAAGAAGAUGACUGAGCUGCUGCGGCCGACCCCUGACGACCCUGAGUUCUGGAUCGAGGAGAAACUCGACGGCGAGCGCAUGCAGAUGCACAUGAUGGAGGACCCCAGUACCCCAGGCGGCAAGCGAUUCUGCUUCUGGUCACGCAAGGCCAAGGAGUACACCUACCUCUAUGGUCACGGCUUCCACGACAGCAAUUCCAGCCUGACGCGCCACCUCCAGAGCGCCUUUGCAUCAGGCGUGCGCAACCUCAUCCUUGACGGCGAAAUGAUUACAUGGGACAUGAGCGUUGACAAGAUGGUCCCGUUUGGCACGCUCAAGACGGCCGCGCUGGCUGAGCAGCAGAACCGCUCAGGCUCCGACGCCUCGGGCCACCGCCCGCUGUUCCGUGUCUUUGAUAUCCUGUACCUCAACGACAAGCAGCUGACGCAGUAUACGCUGCGCGACCGCCACCACGCGCUAGAAAAGGCCGUCCAGCCCGUGCACCGCCGACUGGAGAUUCACAGCUACACGAGCGCCACAUCACCCGACGCCAUCGAGCCGCUGCUGCGCGACGUCGUGGCCAGCGCCUCCGAGGGCCUGGUGCUCAAGAAUCCGCGGUCCAUGUACCGCCUCAACAGCCGCAACGACGACUGGCUCAAGGUCAAGCCCGAAUACAUGUCCGAGUUUGGCGAGUCGCUCGACUGCCUCGUCAUUGGCGGCUACUACGGCUCCGGCAAGCGCGGUGGCACGCUGUCCAGCUACCUCUGCGGUCUGCGCGCCUCGCCCAACCAGGUUCAGGCUGGUGCCGACCCAGAAAAGUGCUUCAGCUUCUUCAAGGUCGGUGGCGGCUUCCGCGCUGAAGACUACGCCGAGAUUCGGCACCGCACCGAGGGCAAGUGGAUCGACUGGGACGCGCGCCACCCGCCCUCUCAGUUCAUUGAGCUCGGCGGCGGCGAGGCCAAGCAGCUGGAGCGGCCCGACGUGUGGAUCCGCCCCAAGGACUCCAUCGUCGUGUCGGUCAAGGCGGCGAGCGUUGGGCCUUCGGACUCGUUUGCGCGCGGCUACACGCUGCGUUUUCCGCGCUUCCGACGGCUGCGGCUGGAUCGCGCGUGGGAUAGCGCCCUCUCCGUGGACGAGUUUCAGAGCUUAAAGCAGCACGCCGAUGAAGAGUCCAAAGACAAGGCCAUGACGAUGGAGGACAAGAAGCGCGGGCGCAACCCGAAGCGUGUGAAGCGCGAGCUCGUCAUCGUCGGCGGCGAGAGCACCAAGGGCCCGCUGCCGCUGCAGACAACCCGGACAACGGGGCUGUUUGACGGCAUCGAGUUUUGUGUCCUAUCCGAGUCGCUCAAGCCGUUUAAGCGCACCAAGGCGGAGCUGGAAGUCAUCAUCAAGGAGAACGGCGGCACCGUCUCGCAGCGCGCGGCACCGGCGACGGCCAUGGUCCUCAUCGCGGACAAGAAGGUCGUCAAGGUCGCGAGCCUGAUGAAGCAGGGCGCCGUGGACAUAAUCCGGCCCCGGUGGAUCCAGGAUUGCUUGACGCAGCUGCAGGCCGACACGGAGGCGGGUGCGGGCCUCUUCUUGCUGCCGUACGAGGAGGUGCACCUGUUCCACGCGACGGACGCGCUCAAGCACGUGGCGGCGCAAAACACAGACCAGUACGGCGACAGCUACGCGCGGGACCUGCCUCUCGAGGAGCUGCGGGCGCUGAUGCGCGACAUGCCCAAGAUUGAGAGCGGGGAGGGGCCGUUCGACAAGCGCGGGUUUCUGGACGAGCUGGCGGACAGAGGGCGAGAUCUGUCGGCGCAGCUGCGGAGCAUGAUGUUUCAACGGUGCGUGGUGCAUGUUCAUCGUGCUUCGGCUGGUGAUGCGGGUGAGGAGGCGGAAGCGGAGAGGUUGGCGCGCUAUGUACGCUAUGGAGGCGGUGUCUGUGUGGAUGGCCUGGAAAGUGAGGGCCUCACGCAUGUGGUGCUUGCUCGAGAUAGUCAGGAUACUGCAGAGGAGCUGCGUCGGGAGCUGAGCACGAGGCCAAAGCUGCCCCGUCUGGUACGUGGCAGCUGGAUCGAGACUUGCUGGAAGGAGAGGUCGCUCGUCGAUGAAGAACAGUACAGUGUAUGA